AUGCCCGCCAAAUAUUCAACAGCUCCUUAUACACGAGAUAGGAGGAUACGAUCGACAUGUCGAGUCGUCCAGGAGGAAGACGGCGAGGCAGGAAGGCGGCCAGGAGAGGCUCAAAGCGAUGGCUCAGCCUCUGCAUCAUCCUCUGCAAUGACGGAUGCGGAUGCAGGAGGAUCAGAUGUCACGCACUUGUGCAUGACCUGCGGCAAGACCUUUUCAAGGCGCGGCGCUCUAGAGGCGCACAUAAACACCCACACUGGCGCCAAGCCGCACGUAUGCAGCUUUCCAGGCUGCCAGUCUGCCUUCGCUGCCCGGUCUAAUCUGAUACGACAUCACCGCAUUCACGGAGAGGAAUUCGCCGAGGCAGCGAACAACCCGAAGGCAGAGACGGUUUUUGAGGCGCCUAUCGUCAAUGAUCAGGUCGUCGGACAGGAUCACGAAAGUAUUCAAUGGAUGACCCCGAACCAGCCUUCGCGCGGCUACACGCGGUACAGCGUUCCCACCGACAGUCCCGAGGCAGGGCCGUCGUCGUCUGUCAUGCAAUCGACGUCGUCCGCCGUCGACUCUGCCCAACCUACAGACAUAUCUACCGCAAGCGAGAACGACUCGGGAGACGCGGUCGACACCGUCGACCCACGAGAGGUGACUAGUAGCUUGAGCCCAGUACUUAUUCUUCAAUCGGCUGAGAUAUUCACUCUUUCAGAUUGCUGGUUGACGUUUACUUCCUACGGUCAAUGA